AUGAAAACACCAACAAUUCUCUUGAUUUUCACGAUUUUUGUUUUAUCAGUGUUCUGUGAAGAAUCAUCUGAGAAUGUUCAUAUAAGUGGAUCGUUUCGAAUUGCCGGAGAAGGCGAAGAGAUUCCAAAAAGUGCAGGAAUCGAACAAGAGCAUCCAUUCUUUCAACUGGAAGGAAUGAAGAUCGCAAGAGCUUAUUUGGAUAGACAAUAUGCAAAGGAACGAGCACAAAGAGAACAACAAUUUGGAGUUUAA